AUGUCGUCUCCGUGGAAGAAGCAGCCAGAGGACGUGGUGGACAGCAUUCUCAAGCGAGCAGAAGUCAGCAAGAUUGCUCGACGACUGCAGAACCGUUUGGCUCUGGCUCAGUUCAAAACCAAGCACGGCUGGGAAGACUUGACCCUCGACUCCAUCGAACCGAAACUCGAGGAGGAGAUGCGACGGAGACGCCUCUGCGACGGCGACGUGCUCUCCGACUCGUCCUCCAGCGCCUCGGACCUGCCCUACCCGACCCGAACGUUGAUGAGCUCGCCGCUCAAGGCGCCCUUGUUUUCCGAUGCCGUCGGGUCCAGCAGCGGAAGCUCUGGUCACCGAAAGCGCACCUACUUUGCCUCCUUUGACCACACGGCCUCGAGUCCGAGCAAACGCUUCCGAGCCUCGCCCACGGCGCACAAGUCCCUCGCCGCAUCGUCCUCCUCCACCUGGAGGGACACGCAUCAGUUGGCGCAGUCGUCACCCAUCAAGCCCCGACGUCAGCAGCAUUUCACCACGUCCGCCGGACCCGACGUCUCCUUCUUCCAGCAGCGGAGAAUGACGGCCGCCCUCACGUCGCCCAACUUUGCCGCUCCCUCGGACGACGACGACGACCUCCUCCCCGCACACUCCUUCACCAUGUCCAAAGUCCGCUCUUCGCCCCCGCGCACCCCUCCGAUGCAGACGACGCGCAGUCUCAGGACCAAGCGGAGCAGGGAGAACCUCGACGGGCCCAACCCCGCCAAGUCUGGGGAAGAGGGCGCGGAUCUGCUGCUCUACCUGGCGGCGUCGCCCUCGCCUGCGGUGAAGUCGAACCGUGGCCGCAUGGAGCAUCUAUCCACGCCCCCGCCAAAGAAUAGCAAGCUGGACCUGCCGUCCUCCAUGAUGACCACGCCGGGGGGGGGCAACCUGUUCCCAAACACGCCGGGGCAAGGUUUCGAUUUUGCCGAUUUCGUCAACAUCACCCCGAGUCCCGCUCAGAAACCAUGGAGGACGCCGGGCCCUCCCUCGUCAGCACGGACGCCGCUCAGCGUGGCCAGGAGGAGGCUCACGUUUGAAGAGCCGCUGGCCUAA